AUGGCUAUAGAGCACGAACUCACCGAUUAUCAACCUGCGGACACUUCUGGGGAGCAGGAGAAUGAUGACACUAAUGACGACUUGGUCGUUGACGAGGACCCAAGUGGCAUGGAUCCGCAGCAUAACAAGGCUUCAGAGUCGGCACCUGAUCCAGCAGUGACUGCACCAUCACCUGUGCCCAUCAGGGACCGACUACUUGUUAUGCAAGCUACGCCACAGUCAUGGGCGAAGUUUUGUCGCAUGCUGCACCGACCCAACCUCGAGGCCGGGCCUAAGGCUCGAAAUCAAUCAUUGUUACCAUACGUAGAGUCUCUAACAGAUGACGAUCUGUUAUUCCCGCAGGAUCUUCCCUUGGGACAUUGCUCAGUGCUAUGUACAGCGACUCAGAGGGGCAGCGAUAUUUUCGUGACGCCACAGCUGCGCGAGAGUGGCUCAACCCAAAGUGCACCGCGUACCACCCUAUUGGAGGGUAUCCCGAGAAAGGUUCUCGUUUCCCAUAUUAUCGCCGCGAACGAGGCGCAUUCAGCGCCCACCCCCCAGCUUAACAUUCCUCUCUUGGAAGCUGUGUCUCCAUGGAAGCAGAACUCAAAUGCACCAAUGAUGGUGCGCCACUUAUGUGGCCACCGUUGGUGCAUGGCACCAAAACAUUAUGCAGUCGGCACAAAGAGGACAUACGAGGAACAACUUAGCUGCCACCGGGGCUUACACUCAGCUCAAAGUCUUAAGGACUAUGAGCUGGUAGCAAGAACCUACUGCCAGCAUACACCACGGUGCUGGGCGGUCCUCUACAAGGGGCGGUUCCGCAAUAAUGUUUGCUGGUCAUAA